AUGGCCACCCCAUCCAAGGCUGUCGCGCCAACUCACCGCUUGCUAUACCGUGGCUCGCUCUCCCUGUCGGACUCAUAUCUACCAUUAGACGGACUCAGCUUCUCUGCAAGGGUUAGCGACAUACACAGUAGCCCCGCCUUGUUGAACAACCCUCUCGCUCUCACUCUGGAGAGCAUGCGUGGCUUGCCGCUCCAUCUACUCGGGAUUGUCAAAGUCAAGGAUACCUGGAUCGAUCCUCCCGGAGAUAUCCUUGUGGACAUCCACCCGGAUGCAACGCUGACGAGGAUAUACUUCGAGAACACGUUCUGCCUUGCACCUAUCACGUCCCCGACCAGAAGGACAGAAUAUGGCGUGCGCGUAAGCUUAACGGAAAACAAUGACCCCGACACGCCCGAUCUGCUCAUAUACGGCGAGCUCCGCGACGCGCCGCUCGCCUCCUCAGCAGACCCGACCCCAUCCACAUCCUCAUCCCCGCCACAGAUGCUGCACCUCCUCGCCGCGCGCAUCCACCCCGGCCCGCCACCCACCCCAUCCAGCUUCCGCCUCCCCCGCCCCGACGACCCCACCCCGCGCCGGCCCCCCGCGGCCUUCGGCGCGAAGCGCAAGCGCGACGUCGUCGGGCUCCCGUUCCCCCUCACCGCAGACAGCAAGCGCGCGAAGACGGGCGAGAAGGGCAAGGGCAAGGCGAGCGCGAAGGACGGCGACGACGCGAUGCGCAAGGCCGCGGCGGAGGUCAUGCUGCGCAUGCCGAAGCCUGGUAAGAACGCGGCUGUGCCCGUGGACCUGAAGGCGCUGGGCAAGGGCGCGCGCGUGGGCGUGAAGAAGGACGUGUUCAAGAUCCCGAACGUGCCUGUGCGCUCGGGGAGCGGCCAGGAUGCUGACAUCUUUGGGCCCGUCAGUGGCGAGCCCCCAGACGUCGUGAUGGGCGACGCGGGCGUAGAUACAGAGCGGGAGAACAAGACGGUGAGCUCGAUGUCGCACUCAGCGGUGAAGAAGGCUGUCUCGAGAGCUCUCGCGGGGCACGGCAUACUGAAGACGCACGCCGAGUUCACGGACGUGUUCCAGACAUGCUAUCGCGGCGCGUCGUUCGCACUGGUAACGGCCCUCUUACCACCCUCAUGCGUGACGUUCGCUCACGGUACGUACGCAGAGACGACGCAUGAAAGCCGCGCUCAUAGACGCGGCCACGAUCGACCACUUUGUCGACGCGCAUGUGAAGCUGUACGUGGUCGACGCGCCUUCAUGACGCCUCGCCUUCCGACGGACUUCGUGUAUCACUACCCUGUUUCGAGAUCGAUUGCACGCUUCAUAUAG